UUAAAUUUGUCACCUCACGACUUUUGUGUCAGAAAGUUCGUGUCGAAAAAUUAAAAUGUGAAAUACGCGUAAAAAUUUAUUGUAAAAUGACCUUAUAAAUUAAUAGUUAAUUAUUUCGAAAUUUUUUGGUGAAUACAGUAAAAUUUUUACGUGAAGACAUGGCUCAGGCAUUUGUGACAACAUAUAGAAAUCAUUUCAGAAAUCACAAAGAACCACUCAGAAAAUCGAAGCGACCUUUGGAUAGACAUGCAGCUUCGCCACCUGCUGGAGAUUAUUGGUUGGACACUGAUGUGAAGAAGAAGAAAAAAGCUAUCAAUGUACCUCUUUCUGAAGCUCUGAUAAAUCAAUCGUCAGGGAGAGUCAUGUUCACCACAUAUCAAAUGAAUUAUUGCACUGAUAAGGUGAGAGAAAAAAACAGAGAAUUGAGAGAGAUAGCACAGAAAGCGGCAGGAGAUAAGAGCACUCAGAUUGAAGAGCAAUCCUUCGAGAAUGAGUUGUUGAGAUAUUGCAAAGAGUUGUACAGCACAAAAACUGCCAAGAUUUUACCUCCAGGUGAAACUGCCAGGAGAGUUUAUGGUUAUAUACGACCCGAAUCCAUGUACACACCCUUGACUCACUAUCAGAUGAACUAUGGAAAGGCUGGUUUUGACAUCAUGAGCAAUCCGAUGCAAUAUCUGGACCUACGUAGAGAAAGAGAAGAAAACAAUAAUUUCCCCCUCUGCGUGCCAAGCGAAGUUUUGAACAAGACAUUCUUCAAACGUUGUGAAGAUUUGAAAAUUGACAGAGUGAAGCGAGAGAAAGCAGACACACAGAAGAAACUGAAGAAAAUAAUGGAAAAUCUGGAUAGGUGUACUAACCAUGUGAAAAAGGAUGAUGCUAUUAUUUGCUCUUGUGAAUUUUUAGUCUAGGGUUAUACAUUAUAUUUUUUAAUUUUGGACAUAAUAUCAAGAAAAUUCCUGAAUAAAAUGAAGCAUCCAAGUUUC